AUGGCUUCAUCAAAUAAUGACCCCAAGCUCCUCUAUGCCGUCCAUGGCAUCAAAGCCUACCACAUCACCAAUGGCGUCGAAACCUCCCUGACCCCGAGCGGUCCUCAGACUCUCUCGCUUCUCAUGGUUCCCACCUCCUUGGGAUUCGCUGACCCUGCUGAAACCAAAUCUAGCGAGCACGACUUCUACUUGCAUCUCCAUCUGCCUCCCGAGCUGGAUCUGCCCUUGCCCGCCACCACUCAGAUCUACCACAAGCCCCCGACGAGCUAUCUCAUUCCUCGAUGGGAUCUUGGUCGCGAAGCCGGUGCCUUUACUCGAAUUGAAUUCCCAGAGGUUGGAAGCCGUCCAAACGUCCAAGAAGAUGUAGAUACCUUUGAGACAAUCCUCGCCCAGUGCACGUCAUUCUUGGAGCGCGCUCUUCCGCCAAAGCCAAACAGGUCCCAGACAGCACCUGUGUCUGGCGCUUCUGUAAAGGCAGGCGACGCAUUGCCUGCGUAUAACCCGAAUGACUUUACACAAGGCGAGGGCUACGUCCAGGGCAGCCAGAGCUCCAGUGGUAAAGGCGGCAGAAUUGUCUUGGUGGAUGAAGAAGACGGCAGUGUCGUUGGCGAGUUGAGUGAUGGAUUUCAGGUUAUAGAAGAUACAGCUAUCAAGCCGGGAUCUAAAGAUCCCGUUGAAAUCGCCCUACCGACCGACGGCUCCCAAGCCAUAAACAUCCAACCCGCGCCGGCGUACUACGAAGAAGAAGAUCGAAUGCACCCUGCCUACAAGAAAUCCACCAUUGUUAGCAUGGGAAUGAGGGCAUCCCGGCUCCUCGUCACCACCUCAGAUUAUGUCUCUCAUGCCCUGCAAGGCCAAGCAGACAACUUCACCAAGAAUACGCAGCCCGUGACCAAGCCAGUUUCUUUCACACCCACAACGCACUCGCACAUUCGAAAGAUUAACACUUUCUCAACGAAAGCCGCCGGGCUGUCUGCGAGCACUGUCGGCUCCAUUUCCAAGGUGGCACAGAACCUUGGCGCGAACCUUUCGCGACGCAAGGACGGGAGGGCCAGAGGGUACGACAAGGAGGGCAAUAUCAUUGAGACGUAUAAACCUGGUGUGCUCAAUAAGAGCUUGAUGGCGUUUAAUACCGUCGUCGAUGGCAUGGAACAUGCUGGCCGCAGUCUACUCACCAGCACAUCAUCUAGCGUGAGUCAGGUUGUCGAACAUAGAUGGGGCGCCGAGGCUGGUGAAGUCUCGCGCAACCUGGGCGGUGGCUUCAAAAACGUAGGAUUGGUGUAUAUUGACGUGACGGGUGUGUCUCGCCGAGCUAUUCUCAAGAGUGUGGCCAAGGGCAUGGUUGUUGGAAAUGUCAAAGGUGGUGGACAAGUUAUUGUCGGCGGAGAUGAAAAGUCCCAGGCAUCGUCUGUGAAAGGAGGCAAUGGGAACGGGAACGGGAACGGAAAGAACAAUCCAUACGGCGAUACAUCAAGCGUAUCCAGCGGUUAUGACGGGAAUGGGAAGAAACCUGCGUCGUAA